UCUGCGUUAAUAAUGAGGGCUCCAUUGUUGUUUUUGCUCGUCGCUACGGCAUACGUAGCCGGCACACCGGUUCCAGAAGAACCGACGGAGUACCAUUACCCGCGAUUCUACAAGAUGGCCGGAGGGGACGGUGAGAUGCAUGACAUUGACUUAGAGGCUGAACCUGAUCAUGAACUAUUGGACGAAGUUACGAGGAACCCAGCUAACAACCAGUACUUCUUGUAUACCAGGCGCAACUCCAUCAUCUCGCAGACUCUAGUAAUCAACAAUGCCAACUCCAUCUUGAACUCCAACUUCAACGCUAACAACCCUACGAUCAUCAUUGCCCACGGCUGGCUGAGUAACAGGAACACUGAACCCAACCCUACUGUCAGGAGAGACGAUAUCCGCUGUGCUGUGCCCUACCACACAAAGCGGAAUAUCACUCGCUAUGCCCUACCUCCUACUAACUUAGAAGUCCCAGCAGUGGGCCGUGGUGUGGGCCAAUUCCUUCGCUUCCUCAACCAGGUCACCGGCGCACGGUUCGACAACAUGCACCUGGUUGGUUUCAGCUUGGGCGCUCAUCUUGUGGGAAAUGCUGGCAGGGAGCUUGGUGGGCAAGUGGCCCGUGUCACUGGUCUGGACCCCGCGGGUCCGAUGUGGUCUAUAAACGUCAACCGUCUGCGUCCCACCGACGGCCGCUACGUGGAAGCCAUUCACACCGACGGCGGUUACACCGUCGGCGGUCUCGGCAUUGGCUCCGCCAUCGCCAACGUUGACUUCUUCCCUAACGGCGGAAUCUCACAGCCCGGCUGUCUCACUAACAUGUGCAACCACAAUAGGGCGUGGGAACUCUUUGCUGCCACCGUCACUUACAACCACCUCGUUGGGCAGCAGCAGUGCUCAACCAAUCUUCAGAUCACUUGGAACACGUGCCGGGGAUCUAGGCUCAAUAUGGGCAAUGAUGACUUGAGGAAAACUGGAUCUGGUAUGUACCGUCUUGACACCGGGCGGCUGUACCCCUACUAAUCAACGCGCUGAUAA